UACGAGGCUAAUUACUAUCCAUUUAUUGAUGAACAUUAUUAAGAACAGUAUUUAUUUAGAAUCAUACAAAUAUCAAACGUAGAGAGUUUCUUGUUAAAAUGAUAUACACAUUUUUUACAGUGACAAACAUAUUUUAUCUUUUAUAUUUAACUGCACGAUAAAAUGAUUUGUCACAUAUUGUACUUUGACCUCUAAAAGUAUUUUAGCUCAACAUAUUUAUGCAGUCGCGAAUGACACAAUUUUCCAUUGCUAUUCCAUCGCGUUUUAACGUUAACUAUAUUUAACAGAUCAUAAAUAUACAUAUAAACAUCAAAAUGCUGUUUAAAAAGAUAUUUAAUAAUGCUACUUUAUAUCCAAAAAUAUUUAGAACAUUUUCUAUUAAAGCUGAACCUCUAGUGUCGGAAAAUGUGAAUGGAUAUAACUUUGCGCUAAAUGAUAUGCAAAGAGAAAUGCAAGAAAUGGUACGUAAAUUUGUCAGAGAGGAGAUCAUUCCUGUUGCUGGUAAAUAUGAUAAAACUGGGGAAUAUCCAUGGGAUAUUAUUAAAAAAGCUUGGAACUUAGGAUUUUUAACCAAUCAUAUUCCACAAGAUUGUGGUGGUCUGGAACAAACUAUUUUUGAUGGCUGUUUAACAACAGAGGAAAUUGCAUAUGGCUGCACAGGAAUAGCAACUGCAAUAGAAACCAGCGGUCUUGGACAAACACCAGUGAUCGUAGCAGGAAAUAAACAACAACAGAAAAAGUAUCUUGGAAGACUUGUAGAAGAACCUCUUGUAGCUGCUUACUGCGUUACUGAACCUGGUGCUGGAUCCGAUGUAGCAGGUUUAAAAACUAGAGCUGUAAAAAAAGGAAAGGAAUGGAUUCUUAAUGGUACAAAAAUGUGGAUCACAAAUGGCGGUGUUGCAAACUGGUAUUUCGUAUUGGCCAGAACAAAUCCUGAUCCAAAAGCUCCAGCCAGUGAAGCUUUUACAGGAUUCAUCGUUGAGCGUGCUUUUGAAGGCGUAACUCCAGGCCGUAAAGAAAUAAAUAUGGGACAACGAGCUUCCGAUACUAGGAUGAUUACGUUCGAAGAUGUUCGCGUACCCGAGGAAAAUGUAUUAAUAGGAGAAGGAGCUGGCUUUAAAAUUGCCAUGAAAACCUUCGACAGAACUCGUCCACCGGUGGCAGCUUUGGCUGUUGGACUAGCACAGAGAGCUGUAGACGAAGCUACAAAGUAUGCAAUGGAGCGAAAAACCUUCAACAAACCAAUAGCGGAACAUCAAGCUGUAGCAUUUAUGAUCGCUGAUAUGGUUAUUGGAGUCGAAACGUCUCGUCUCGCUUGGAUGAAAGCAGCUUGGGCAAUGGACGUUGGUUAUCCAAACGCUACAGUUUACUCCAGUAUCGCCAAGUGUUAUGCCGCCGACGUAGCUAACAAAUGCGCUACCGAUGCCGUCCAGGUCUUUGGCGGCGCAGGUUUUAAUACGGAAUAUCCCGUGGAAAAAUUAAUGAGAGAUGCAAAGAUCUUCCAAAUUUAUGAAGGCACAUCGCAGAUUCAAAGAUUAAUCAUAUCCAGAAAUCACUUUGGGGUAGCUGCGAAGAAAUCGCAAUAAAAAAAAUGUAUUUAUUUAUUAUUGAGAAGAUUCGAAAAGUAACGAUACUUAUAUCUUUUGGAUGUUCUUAUUAUAAACUUAUUACAUUUUAUAUACAUUAAUUUUAUUAUAUUUUAUAUCUUUUUAAAAUUUUUAUUAUACAACAUUACGCACACGCGUAUCACCGAUAAUCGCACACAAUAAUAUAACACGUAUGGGAGAGGUUUUAUAAAUGUAAUCGUAUUGUCCGCUUGUGAAAUGAUUUAUCCUUGUAAGAAAAAAUCUUUACGUUUAAAAAAUAAAUGAAUAUUUUCUGAGAA